UUCUAAAAAUCUUUCGACGAAUACGAUUUGAUUUGAUCGUUUAAUCGAAGCAGCAUUCCAGACCGUUCUAGCAGAACCGAGCCCAGGAAAAAAAAAACACUCCAAGCAAAGGAAGCAAGAAGAUUAAAGAGAGAAAAAAACCCCAGAAAUCGGUAAAUGAUUGAGAAAAUUGAACAAAGUGUCGUUCUGAUGGAAAAAUCAAGAGCAACAGCACCUUCGUCGUUAGAAAGUUCUAGUGACCUGCAAUGCGUAGGCAAAAUGGAAAUCGUAAAACCGAAGCCCGUUGGUUUUCUCUGUGGUUCGAUCCCUGUUCCAACGGAUAAUUCCUUCCACGCUUUCAACUCGGCUCUAGUCCCCUCUUCUCGCCCAACAUCAAGUGCGCCGAGGUACCGGAUGCUCCCGAUGGAGACCGACUUAAACAUGCCGCCGCUAGUUACAAAUUUCCCUGAAAAGGUGCUUCCCAUUGGGGCUGUACAGAAGGCUACAGGAGAUAUAAUAUGGGAGGAUGGUGCUGUUGCAUCUGAUCUUAGUAGGAAAUGUGAGGCACUUGCUGUGUCUGGUUUGGUGGAGUAUGGAGAUGAGAUUGAUGUGAUCGCUCCAACUGAUAUUCUAAAACAAAUAUUUAAAAUACCAUAUUCUAAGGCUCGAUUAUCUAUUGCUGUUCACCGUGUUGGACAGACUCUCAUUCUGAAUACAGGGCCUGAUGUUGAAGAGGGAGAGAAAUUGGUUAGAAGACAUAGCAAUCAAUCGAAACGUACAGAUCAAUCUUUGUUUCUGAAUUUUGCUAUGCAUUCAGUUAGAAUGGAGGCCUGUGAUUGUCCACCAUCUCAUCAAGCACCUCUGGAGAGGCAAUCAGAUUCCGCUGCCCUUCCUAGGGGUGAGACACCGAACUUUGUGGCAGAGAAUGAUAAUAUUUCUAGAAAAGAUGGAAUCAAACACCACUCAGAGUACUCGCAGGUUAAACAAGACGAGUUAUUUUGGGGAAGUAAGAAGGUCCACAGAAACAAGAGCCGUAAUCCUGUCAAGAAGGCUGCACAUGUUGGUGAAAAGCCCAGAUGCUCUGUGCAGGAGUCUGAAAAACAUAGAAGGGUUGGCAAUAGUGGCUUCUUGAGAGUGUUAUAUUGGCAAUUUCACAAUUUCCGGAUGCUUCUUGGUAGUGACUUGCUUCUGUUCAGUAAUGAAAAGUAUGCUGCUGUGAGCUUGCACCUGUGGGAUGUUACACGACAGGUCACACCAUUAACCUGGCUUGAAGCUUGGCUUGACAAUGUCAUGGCUAGUGUCCCCGAGUUGGCCAUUUGUUAUCAUCAAAAUGGUGUUGUCCGGGGGUACGAGCUUCUAAAGACGGAUGAUAUAUUUUUAUUAAAAGGCAUUGACGAAGAUGGUACUCCUGCUUUUCAUCCCCAUGUUGUUCAGCAAAAUGGCCUUACUGUUUUGAGGUUUCUUCAAGAGAACUGCAAACAAGAUCCCGGUGCUUAUUGGUUAUAUAAAAGUGCUGGUGAAGAUGUGAUUCAACUUUUUGAUCUUUCUGUCGUUUCCAAGAGCCGUUCUUCUGGUGAUUGUGAUGAUAGCUCAAGCUCUUUGCCUUCUCUUGUACAUAGAGGAAGAAAUGAUUCUUUAUUUUCACUUGGAACACUUCUCUACCGCAUUGCUCACCGGCUUUCACUUUCAAUGGCAACUAAUAACCGGGCCAAGUGUGCAAAUUUUUUCAAAAAAUGCUUGGAUCUCUUGGAUGAGCCAGAUCACCUGGUUGUACGUGCAUUUGCCCAUGAACAAUUUGCCAGGCUUAUUCUGAAUUAUGAUGAAGAAUUAGAUCUAACAUCUGAAUAUCUCCGAAUUGAGUGUGAAGUUACCAUUCCUGAUGCUGGUGAGGAAUCUGUGGACCUUUCAAAUGGUUUUUCCAGAUCAGCUGUCCAUGAUAUUGCUCUCAUUGCCGAUAACAAAAUAAGAGAGGAUGAAACAGAUUUUCAAGAUUUAGCAUCUGAAGUUUCUGCAAAGAUGACUUUGGAAGCAAAUAUUUCUGCCCCAAACGAAUUGAUACAAUUGUCUAAUUCAGAAUUGGAAAAUGAAGAAAUUACCUCGCCGAGUAUUCGUGGUGAUGAAAACUACUUGGUGCACAACAUGUCUUCGACAUCUGAUGAUGUUGUUAGACCUAUUACUGAUCCAGUCUCCUCUAAGCUAGCAGCAGUGCAUCAUGUGUCUCAAGCUAUCAAAUCCCUCAGAUGGAUGCGCCAACUACAAACCUCUCAACCGGAGUUGGACAAUCAGGAUAUGGGAAUUAAUGGUCAUCCACCUUCUUCUAUGAAUUUUUCUGUUUGUGCUUGUGGUGAUGCCGAUUGCAUUGAAGUUUGUGAUAUUCGAGAAUGGCUUCCAACAUCCAAACUGGACCACAAGUUGUGGAAACUUGUUCUUCUCCUUGGGGAAUCAUACUUGGCACUUGGACAAGCCUACAAGGAGGAUGGUCAAUUGCAUCAUGCUCUCAAGAUAGUUGAAUUAGCUUGCUCUGUUUUUGGGUCUAUGCCAAGGCAACUUGAAGAUACUAGAUUUAUUUCCUCAAUAGUUAAAUGCUCACCAUCUGGUACAAAUUUCAACGGCGAUGAAAAGAAAAAUUCAUGUAUCAGUGAUGUGAAAGAAGUGAAAUCCAACUCUGCUGAGAACUGUUAUGUUCUUGAGCAAUUCUCAUCGACAUAUCUGUUCUGGGCAAAUGCAUGGACGCUAGUUGGAGAUGUAUAUGCUGAGCUCCAUGUAAUUAAGGGUAAAGAGAUCUCUGCACAAUCACAGAAAAAGCCUUCUAACAGAGAGUUGAAAAUGUCAUCUGAAGUUGUGAAGGAAGUACAAAGGCUCACAAAGAAGCUGGGCCAGUAUAAUCCGAAAUGCAGUUCCUGUUCCUUGGUGAACUGUAGCUGCCAAAGUGAUAGGGCCAGCAGUGGUAAUAGUGCAAGCAGCAGUGGUGGAGAUACACAUGCAGUAACUUACAGCAGAAAACAUGGCAAGAGAUCGCGUGGUAAGAACAUUCCUCACUCAUUUUCGAGGGACAAUGAAGAUAAUAGUGGUCGUCAAAAAGUAAAGAAUAAACAAGUUCCUGAUAGUGGACUGUUCCAGCACAUUGGAGAUAGUGAUAACAAAAUAAGAGUUUCUAAUACUUGUACAAAUGAACCUGGAGUAGAUUCAGUGGAAACUACUAAUCCUGAAAGAGUGGAGGCUUUGUUUGGAAUGCAUGAGAAAAAACCUGAAGUGACGAUUGAAAAUGAAAUUGCCUCGAAGAAAGCUCACAAAUUGAAAGAUGGUGGCAUAUUCAAGUACCUUAGGAAUACUGUAGCAGCAGAUGCAGAACACAAUCUCUCCUCUGCCUUGAGCUGUUACGAAGAAGCAAUAAAGGCUUUGGGUGAACUUCCUUCUGGUUUAGCAGAUCUGCAGUCUUUACUGAAAAAGAAGGGAUGGGCUUGUAAUGAACUAGGUCGAAACAGGUUAGCACUGAAAGAGUUGAACAAAGCUGAACUUGCAUUUACGGAUGCAAUAAAUGCAUUCAAAGAAGCUUCAGACUACACCAAUGUAGUGUAUAUAUACUGUAAUUUGGGUCAUGGCAGACGUGCAUUAGCUGAAGAGAUGGUGGCGAAAAUGGAAGGUCUGAAAACGCAUAAAGUUCUUCAUAUUGCAUACAAACAGGCUUUGGAAACUGCAAAACUGGAGUACAGUGAAUCACUCAGAUUUUAUGGGGCAGCAAAAUAUGAAAUGAAUGCUAUAUCGGUAGAGGCAUGCUCUGACUAUGACUCUGACUCAAACUUGAAGAAUGAAGUCUAUACUCAGUUUGCUCAUACGUAUCUGAGGCUUGGGAUGCUUUUAGCAAGGGAAGAUAUAACUGCAGAGGUUUAUGAAAAUGGAGCUCUUGAAGAGCCUUCUUUCCCACAUCAGAUAAGUGCUAGGAAAGAGCUCAGAAAGUAUGAAAUAACUGCCAAUGAGGCCAUUAGAGAGGCAUUGUCACUGUAUGAAUCACUGGGUGGAUUACGUAAGCAGGAGGCUGCUUAUGCUUAUUUUCAGCUUGCUUGUCACCAGAGAGAUUGCUGCUUGAAAUUUUUGGCCUCAGAUCAUAGGAAAAGUGGCUUACUUAAGGGUGAGAAUGGCAUUCACCAGCGGGCGAAGCAAUAUGCUUCAUUGGCUGAGAGGAACUGGCAAAAGGCAAUAGACUUUUAUGGUCCUCAGACACAUCCUAGCAUGCACUUGACUAUUCUUAUUGAGAGAUCAGAUCUUUCAUUAAGCCUCUCAAGAUCUUUUUAUCCAAACAUGAUGCUGGAUGCAUUGUCCCGCCUAUUGGAAGCACGCUAUGUAUCUGAAGCAUUCGCUGAUUCGUUCAGUGCGGAAUACCCUGAAUUGCAUGCAAAAUUUUGGAGUCAGUUGCAGACACUUCUGAAGAAAAUGCUGGCUUCGAAUCUCUCUGUAAAUUCGAAUAAGUCUUCUUCAGAUAAUCAAUCAGCUACAAUAUCCAACAGGUCCGGAGAUGCCGAAAAGCUCAGGGAGCUUUACGAGAUGUCUUUGAAGUCAACUGACAUGGGUCAAUUACAUGCAAUGUCCAGCAUCUGGUCAUCAUUAUCACCGAUGAGGAACAAAAACAUGCACCCCGUCGAUAUUUCGUCUUGAUUUGAUUGUCGUCAUCUUAUAGAUUCAGACAGCUUUAUUACAUAUGGUGGGAAAUGGCUUAUAAGAACCUUGUUCUGGGAUUUCAAUAGCGAGGGGAUGCAAAAUGUAGUAGAUUCAUUCAACUUGGUAUACUGCUUUG